GUCUUUGUUGACAAUUUCAACACGUGUUUACAAUAUGUUUAAAUAAUAAUCAUACAAUUCUUGCAUGUAUCUCGCUAACAAGAAAGUUUUUGAAAACAAGAGGAACAGCCAAUUUUAGUUACAUAUUUUUGUGGCGAUAUGCUGUGAAGUUCGAAAUGGUGUGUAUAACGAGCUUGAUCCAGGCUCCCAUCCAGUCUUUCCUCCGCCCGGCCAUGUGGCUACCGGGAUGUAACAGGCUACACUCCCAUACAGAAACAUGGAGAUCGGACUCUGUCGGUGCAGACUCGCUACUCGAGGACAUCGUCAAUUCUGUGCCUGAUCUCAUGGAGAGUGACAUUACCGGGGCGACUUAUGUGGUCAACAAGGUGGACGAGGAAAGAGGAUUUGUAAGAAUAUUUGCGUUUACCUGGGCAAACUGGUUAGACGUGAUGGAAUUUACUAUGAGGGGCAAUAAAAUACAGGCACGCUCGUUUUCCAGUGGCUUUUUACCAUUGUCAGUUCCAUUUGCAGUCAUUUUUAAUUGUGUUUUGUUCUGGAUGCCAUUCUACGACAUUAAAUACAACAGGGCCCGACUGGACGCUUUGCGUGAGGUCAUGUCUGCUGACGUCAUAUCACAGGACAAGUAAGAGGGACGCCAUCUUACCAUGUUUACAGUCAUAUUAUGGAAUAAUCAGAUGUCAUAACAUUGUCGGUAUAAAUUACUGGUCUGACUGGAGAAGAAAUUUAUAUAUAAUUUUCCAUAAUCAAAUAUUGUACGUAAAUGUGUCUCAAAUUUGUUGACUGGGAAUAGGGAAGCGUGUUUCAUCUUUAUCAAAAUGCAUUACAUUGUACUCAAAUUUGAAAUGUCAUGACUGAAAAAGAGAAUGUGUAUUUGUCCACAGUCAAAUAAAACUAGAAGAAGGGAAUAUAUUGUUUGUCUAAAGUCAAAGAAACUGCAUUGUAUGUAAAUGUGUUAUGUUAUGACUGAAAAGAAAAUGUAUAAUUGUCCUUAGUUAAGAUAUUACUGUGUACGUAGGUUUGUUUAAAUAGUCAUAACAGGAAAAGAAAGUGUGUGUUUGUUCCAAAGCCAACAUAUGUCUCAAAUAUUUUGACUGGGAAUAGGGAACGUAUUGUUUGUCUAUAGUUAAAGAUGUCACAUUGUACGUGAACACAGACAAAAUUAUGUCUCAAAUAUUUUGACUGGGAAUAGGGAACGUAUUGUUUGUCUAUAGUUAAAGAUGUCACAUUGUACGUGAAUACAGACAAAAUUAUGUCUCAAAUAUUUUGACUGGGAAAAAGGAAAGUAUCACAAAUAUUUUGACUGGGAACAAGGAAAAUAUCACAAAUAU